AUGCUUCCGGAGGCAGCGAUUGAGCGCGGGCGGGCAGCACGGGAUGCGCCGCAGGCGAAGGCGGUGAAGUACGGCGAUCACCCCGCUGACGACACCUUCAUUCCCCUUGCGGUCGAGACAUACGGGUGUUUGGACUCCUCCUUCGAUGAGUUUCUGGGCACUUGUGCUAGACGUGCAGUAGAGCUUAGGAUGGGUGGCCUAGAGUCGGCACCCAUGGCAUCUAGGUUACUUGCUACUUCCGUCAGCGAGUUUCGGUUAGCCUCCAGCGUAGCCAGGCCCGGGCAGUUCACCAUAGAGCGGCCCGCGCGAUUGAGAGGUCAGAUUGCCUCUGCCAACUCCAGCGAGGUUGCCAGUGUAAUGUUGCACGUCUUUGUUAAGUGCAUGCUGACAGGGGGUGGACUUGCUGCAACGUCCAUCAUCUGCCACGGAUGGGUCUAUGCAGAAACAACAGGGCCAUUCGAGAUUCUCAACACGCAUCUGAUGCAACCCCCUUUGGCCAGGACGUGGGAACCCCACAUUGAGAUCCGCUGUCGCCAUCGCACAUCUCCAGAGACUGUGUACAUGCCUUACAAGGUUCAAUACGGGCCUGACAGGGAGCGGCUCCCCUUCUAUUUCUGGCUUGAGUUGCCUCUGGAGGUGACAGAGCAGGUCCCUGAGAUCCAUAUUGAUGACUGGCCUCGUUUCCAUGUGUUUAGAAGUGUUCUAACAAGACCCUUGCUGCUGAGGCAGUUUGAGGAGAGGACAACGGCGACCUGGCUGGUUUGGAAGGGGUUUCUGUUCUUUCCACCACAAGGCGAUUUUUUGCUGUCCGCUAAGCUGGUCGUGCAGAGCAUUAGGCAUCAUUUGAGGAUGGGCGUCCUGGGCGGGAGCAUAUAUGUUCAGCACCAUUAUGCGUGUGAGUUGCUCAAAGACCGGGAUAUCACAGAGCUGGUUCUUCAAGGCAAACUGCGGAUUAUUGUGUGGGACGCACUUGCAAGAUACUCACCUCAGCCAAGGUUGAGAUACUACGAGCAAGUGUUUUUGUACAAUCAUGCUCUUCUGGACAGACACAUCAUGGCUGUGGUUUACAAGAGCUUGACUCUGUAG